AUGCCGUUGCGCCAGUCGUCGCCGCCGGUCCUGGACGCAUGUCGACGGCAUGGCGCGACGCGACCGCACGGCCCGCACGCACUCGGUUUAUGGACUCGCCGGGGUGUCACGUGCGUCCGCGGACCGCGGUGUCGAGUGUCCACGGAACGCUCUCCCGGCACUAACUACGGGCACGGUGGUGCCGACGAUCACGCGCUCGUCCCGAAACGGUCGCCGAUCCGCGGUCGACCUACUCCGACGGCGGCGAACUGCCAGCAUACACUAUGUUUUAUUACAAUUAUUGUAUCGCGACAACGUCUUACGAACACGACUAUUGUUGUAGACGCGCGACCACCGAACGGCGAGACGGACGAAGCGGCGGACGAUCGCACGGCUGUUCGGCAGAACGCGAACUAA